AUGGCCGAGUCGCAGCUCCGUGCCCUUGCGGCGGAGAUCACGAAACUAGCGGAUUCGUUUGCAAGCUCUCUCGAAGAGAAAGGUCUCCCUGAGGCAAGCUUCAGUGUCGAUAGUCCCAUGAAACACGAUGGAAUCACGUCAGAGAUGUUCAUGACGAGACAAACGCUCUGUGACAAACUGAGCGACAUGUGGUAUCUGGUCCAAGGCCCGAGUGAAAGCAUCUACAACUACGUCCACAAUGUUGUUCCAGACGCUGCUUGUCUCAAUGUUCUCAAGCACUUCAACUUCUGGGCUGCCGUGCCUGUCGAGGGCUCUGCGUCCUACUCCGAAAUCGCAGAACGCGUGUCUCUACCAAUCGAUGUCGCCACCCGGGUAAUUCAACAUGCCACCACAUUACGCCUCUUUGAAGAAGUCAGCGCUUCUCACGUCAAGCACACGAGCCGGUCAGCGGCGCUGGCACGACAGCCUGGCCUACAAGCGCUCGUCUCAUCGGUCCUAGACAUCACUGGCGCACCGAUGAUGGCCAUGACUAGUGCUUUGGAGAAGUACUCAAAGGGAAAGAGCGAGUUAGCACAAGACUUGAGCGAGACCGCUUUCGCUCUAUUCCACAGUACCGGCCCGUUUGGCAAGAAGUACACCAAUUCGUGGGAGUACCUUGAGAAUGAUGGCGAAGGAGAGAGACGAGGGUGGCGACAGGCGAAAUUCGUCGAGUUCAUGCAGUACCUCAACGAGAUAUUCCGCAUUGAAAGUAUCGUCGCCGACGCGUACGAAUGGCAAGGCGCCGGGAAAUCAACCGUCGUUGAUGUUGGUGGAUCAGCAGGUCAUGAUAUGAUCUUGCUGGCGCGCAAGUUCCCUGAUUUGAAGAUGAUUGUGCAGGACAUGCCCAUGGUCAAGCCCGUCUUCGAAGCAAAUCUACCCGACGACGUCCGUGACCGUGUCUCAUUCGUCGCGCACGAUAUGUACCAGCCCCAGAAUACUCAGGCCGAUAUCUACAUGCUGAAGCUCAUCCUUCACGACUACUCGGAAAAGGAAGCCGCCAAGAUCCUCAAGACUUUAACACCUGCCCUACGACCGGGUAACCGCGUACUGGUCAUCGAGUACAUUGGUAAGGUAGAUGAAGGCAUAGAUGAUGUCGAUGCGAAGAAGGACGCUUUGCCUCUGUCUAUUCGGCAAAUGGGCACUGCCACAGACCUUAGGAUGAUGGCCAUGUUCAACGCAAAGGAACGUCCCGCCGAGUCAUACAGAGGCAUAUUCAAGGCUGCGGAUGAGCGCUACGACGUGGUCAAUAUCAAAGCUGAUCCACUGACCUUCUUUGCUGUCAUCGAGGCUGUCUGGCGCGGAUAG